AUGCCAUCAUUCACCAGCGAACCUCAGCUCCUCCACAAUCACCAUCACCGCCAAGUUGGCUCGUCAUCAUCUUCGUCUCACGACCAUUUGACUCGAAAAUCAUAUGACAAAUCCUCCAUAAGCAAUGCGUUUGUUUGGACCAGUGAUGCAAAUGGGGAGAAUGGUCAUGUCGAUACCGCCUCUGACCAUUUUGUCACCAACUUCAAGGGGGGAAGUCUGCCAUCUUUGGGUUCUCUUGGCACCUCAAGAUCUGCCAUUUACCCUGCCGCUCGAGAGAGCUCCAAGUCGAGGAAUGGAAGUGCUCUUUCCAUGGCCACGGAACCCGCGAGAGAAAAGGAGCGGGAGAAUGAUAUUUUGACUUCAACAUCCAAUGAUGGUCUCAUGAAUUCUCCCGCGGAUCACACUCUGUCGGAUUUGGAGUUGAAUGGAACUGUGGUAAUCCCUCACCCUCAGACGAAUGGGAUUCCAUCAAAGCCCAGGUCUACUAGCCUCGAACAACUUGUGAACGGUCAUCAGCUCGUCUCCGAUAAUGCCCCUUCCACUGAGUCAAGUCCUCCUUCCUCUUUACCGCCGAGGUUGGAUGGUGCUCUUCGCUCUCGACCCCAAGAAACGCCUUCUCAACCUAGCCAUCGCCAUUCCUCUCCUAGUGCCCCCAUUCGGGCCGACAGAGAUAUCCCCAUACCUCCAGUCAGUCCUCGAACACAGCGUCAUACCCUUCAAGUACUUAAAUACCAUAAUGGCUGGAAGAAUAGCCGAGACCUGUCCCCGCUACAUGUGGAUCCUUCUGAGGAUACCGUCUCUAGUGGGGACCGACUUGCUUCCCCGUCGGGACUGCGACGGGCGUCCCUCAGCCUAGCCCGGAGAACUACUCGGUCACUAAAUUCAGAUCUUCAUCCCGACGAGCUUCCUCCAGAAGAAGAUGCUGCUCGAUGGGCGGAAAUGAUCAAACAGAGACGAGCUAGCAAGCGAAGGCGAAAAGAAGAAGAGGACGACGAUCGUGUUAUCGUCGGGACAAAAGUUGAUCAGAAUCAUGUAAAUUGGGUUACAGCAUACAACAUGUUGACCGGAAUCCGGUUUACAGUUUCAAGAACCAACGCGAAAAUGGACCGCGAGCUUACCGAUGCCGAUUUUGAAACAAAACACAAAUUUUCUUUUGACAUAACCGGUAAUGAAUUGACGCCCUCCGCCAAAUAUGAUUUCAAAUUCAAAGACUAUGCACCCUGGGUAUUCCGCCGUUUACGUGCGAAAUUCAAACUCGAUCCCGCAGACUACUUGGUGUCUUUAACGAGCAAGUAUAUCUUGUCUGAGUUGGGUUCUCCUGGUAAAAGCGGUAGUUUCUUUUACUUCUCUCGAGACUAUAAAUACAUCAUCAAAACCAUCCAUCACGCCGAACAUAAACUCCUUCGAAGAAUUUUGCGCGACUACUACGAACACAUCGAAAACAACCCAAACACCCUAAUUUCCCAGUUUUACGGCCUCCACAGGGUUAAGAUGGCUUACGGUCGAAAAAUCCACUUUGUUGUGAUGAAUAAUUUGUUUCCGCCUCAUCGAGACAUACACCAAAUGUAUGAUCUUAAAGGCUCAACCAUUGGACGAGAUUUUCGGGAAGACGAUCUUGAGACAAACCCUAGAGCAACGUUGAAAGAUCUGAAUUGGAUUCGAAGAAGUCGCCGCCUUGAGUUCGGCCCUAUGAAACGUGAAAUUUUUGUAUCCCAACUUCGGAGGGACGUAUCGUUACUUCAGCGUCUAAAGAUCAUGGAUUAUUCGCUUUUGGUUGGUAUACAUGACGUGGAGAAGGGAAACGCUGAAAACGUUCGAGACAAAACUCUCCAAGUUUUCCAACCUGGUGGCGAACGGGGUGAUGAACAGCAGCCCAGUCUUCUCAUGAGAACACCUUCGAGACUUGAAAACGCUCGAAAGGCAAGGGAACUCCGAGAAAUAAUUAAACGCGAAAAGCCUGUGCCGAUUCAACAAUCAGCGGCCCUACCAGAUGAGAUACUAGAUGAACGGAAAAAUCUCGCCUUUUAUUCCGAUGAUGGUGGCUUUCGAGCUACCCAUGAGAAUGGCCAACCGGGAGAUGAGAUAUACUAUCUCGGCGUCAUUGAUUGCUUGACACAUUAUGGCAUGGUUAAGAAGGCGGAACACUUCUGGAAAGGACUUUCGCAUAAUCGAAAUCAAAUAUCCCCAAUACCUCCGCACUCGUAUGGGGAACGAUUUCUCAAUUUUAUCACUGGUAUCACCAUGUCCACAGAAGAGGCUGAACGCGAGAGGCAAAGUAAAGAACAAGGGCCAAAGAUCUAUGGAUGGUACAUCACUUUCUCACACCCACCCACGUUCAGAAAUUGA